AUGGCUAAGCUGAAAGCUGAAUUAGCCCGGAUGAUAGCAGAGAAUGAGAAAUUGAAGGGUGCACAAUUGGUGACCCUAGAGAAGAAAGCUGAUGAAAGGCCAUCCAGUUCUUCCAGGGAUGAGCUUAAAGAUGAAAUUCAUGAGUUGACUGUCGAGAUGAGAUCUAACCAUGCUCUGUACAUGGCCAAAUUUGAUGAUAUCGACAGUAAACUGGAUCAACUCCUCAGGAACUCAAAGUCAGAUGUUGAUACCUCCAAAGAGGAUCCCUCAACUAAGGGGGAGAAUAGAAGAGAUAGAGGAGGUGGAGACAAAGGUGACACGGAUGACCGGGGCAAUAGUUCGAAUCAAAGUAACAAAGGGAAUACUUCUGAAUCUGCUCCUGACAAUUCUGAAAAGUCAAAAGAGGAAGAAGGCAAAUUUGAGGAGAGCUAUCUGUUUCAAGAUGAAGAACCUGUUGACUUGGAACAUGAAGAAAAUGUCCGGAAGUUUAAAGCUGAGAAUGAAGCUAGAAAGCUGAAGAAAGAGACUACUGUUAGCGAGGACCCACAGACUAGCCAGCAAGCUAAGGUAUAA